AUGAUGUCUUACCUCAAACAACCCCCAUACGGCAUGAACGGGCUGGGCCUGGCCGGGCCAGCCAUGGACCUCCUGCAUCCUUCCGUGGGCUACCCCGCCACCCCGCGGAAGCAGCGGCGGGAACGCACUACCUUUACACGCUCACAGCUGGACGUGCUCGAGGCGCUCUUCGCCAAGACUCGCUACCCUGACAUCUUCAUGCGCGAGGAGGUGGCGCUCAAGAUCAACCUGCCGGAGUCCAGAGUUCAGGUCUGGUUCAAGAACCGCCGUGCCAAAUGCCGCCAGCAGCAGCAGAGCGGGAGCGGGACCAAGAGCCGCCCAGCCAAGAAGAAGUCGUCCCCGGUGCGGGAGAGCUCGGGCUCGGAAAGCAGCGGCCAGUUCACGCCUCCCGCUGUGUCCAGCUCCGCCUCGUCCUCCAGCUCAGGAUCCAGCGCCUCCGCCAACCCAGCGGCGGCAGCGGCGGCAGGCCUGGGCGGGAACCCGGCGGUGGCAGUCCCGUCGUCGUUGAGUACGCCGGCUGCCUCAUCCAUCUGGAGUCCGGCCUCCAUCUCGCCGGGCUCAGCGCCCGCGUCGGUGUCAGUGCCCGAGCCCUUGGCCGCGCCUAGCAACGCGUCGUGCAUGCAGCGCUCGGUUGCUGCAGGCGCCGCCUCGGCUGCAGCCUCUUAUCCCAUGUCCUACGGCCAGGGCGGCAGCUACGGGCAGGGCUACCCCGCGCCCUCGUCUUCCUACUUUGGCGGCGUGGACUGCAGCUCCUAUCUAGCGCCCAUGCACUCGCACCACCACCCGCACCAGCUCAGCCCUAUGGCACCCUCCUCCAUGGCCGGCCACCAUCACCACCAUCCGCACGCGCACCAUCCGUUGAGCCAGUCCUCAGGCCAUCAUCACCACCAUCAUCACCACCACCACCAGGGCUACGGCGGCUCAGGGCUCGCCUUCAACUCUGGCGACUGCUUGGAUUACAAGGAGCCUGGCGCCGCCGCUGCUUCCUCGGCUUGGAAACUCAACUUCAAUUCGCCCGACUGUCUGGACUAUAAGGACCAAGCCUCAUGGCGGUUCCAGGUCUUGUGA